ACAGGGGUGGGGAGUUGCUCACCCCGUCCCGCUCCUUUCUCUGCGCCGGGGUAUUAAUUUCAGCUGAAGAUGAUUAUCCUGGGAGGGGAAGGGAAGGAUUGGGCUGGGAACUAGGCAGACCGCAGCUCCUCCCGCUGGGGCCCCUCACACACCCGCUCCUCCUCCUCCAGCAGAGGGCGGAGGGAGGGAAUGUGACCCAGGUGGGGAGGGGACCAGCCCCCCACCCCCAAUUCCCUAGUGCCAAUUCGAAGCCCCUUCAAAACAAGCCCGUCCUCUCUGGAUGAGGACAGGGCUUCUUCUCUUAGAUCCCGCAGGGCCCUAGCCCAAAGCUGGGGCAGGGAAAGCAAAGAAAGUUCCACAGGACUUGGUUACUGGAAGUAGUGGUGGAAACUGGAUUAAGGGCUAUUUUUCCAGCUACCUGCCCACCCGCCUCCGCCAGCCCCGCCGAGCACUUGGCACCACACAUGCACACGCACAUGCACACACACACACACGCGUGCACACACACCGAGGAACCCCAUUAUCCCGUUUCACCUGCUCCAGGACCUGUAGGGUCCAGCAGUUUGUGUCUGUGGAUGGAUGGGUGGGAGGAAACUUAGUUAAUGCCUCACACGAAGUUGAGUGUAGGGAGAGCUGUUUCCAAGCAGGCUUCCAGCAGGAAGGGACCUGGAGCAAAACGGACAGGAGCACAUCCUUUGGAGGGGCUUUGAUCCAGGAGAGGCUUUCCUCAGUGGUCUCCUGCAGCCUUGUUUGCCCCCUCCAUCAGAGGUGGGUGUCUUGGAACAGGCCAGGGGUCCCUGAGCCUUCGGCUCCUGCACCAUGGCCACGCUGAGUGUCAAGCCCAGUCCACGCUUCCGGUUGCCGGACUGGCACACCAACAGCUACCUGUUGUCCACUAACGCUGAGCGGCAGCGAGAUGCCUCACACCAGAUCCGCCAGGAGGCCCGGGUCCUCUGCAAUGAGACCAACAACCAGACCAUUUGGGACGAACAUGACAAUAGGACUCGACUGGCAGAGAGGAUUGAUACUGUCAGCUGGUGGAAGGAGAUGCUGGACAAGUGUCUGACGGAUUUAGAUGCUGAGAUCGACGCCCUGACACAGAUGAAAGAGUCAGCAGAGCAAAACCUGCAGGCCAAGAACCUGCCUCUGGAUGUGGCGAUUGAGUGCCUGACCCUGCGGGAGAGUCGGCGUGACAUUGAUGUGGUGAAGGACCCCGUGGAGGAAGAGCUGCACAAAGAGGUAGAGGUCACUGAAGCCACCAAGAAGGCCUUGCAACAGAAGAUCAGCCAGGCCUUUGAGAAGCUCUGCCUCCUGCAGGAAGUCCGACAGCAGCUCAACUCUGACCAUCGGGGCAAAAUGGAGACACUGGACAUUGACAGAGGCUGCUUCUCUCUCAACCUCAAGUCCCCGAACAUCUCUCUGAAGAUUAAUCCCACACGUGUCCCCAACGGCUCCACCACACUCCAGCAGUGGGAUGACUGCAGUCAGUUCAACAAGAACCAAGCAGAGGCUGAGAUGAAAGGGGCCAUAGAGCUGAGGGAGGCCAUCGCCCUAACUAUUGCCAAGACCAACAACGAACUGGAAGCCCAGAGGGUUGCAACGGAAUUUGCCUUUAGGAAGCGGCUGUGGGAGAUGGAGAAAGUGUACAGUGAGCUCAAGUGGCAAGAGAAGAAUACCUUGGAGGAGAUUGCCGAGCUGCAGGAGGACAUCAGGCAUCUGGAGGAGGAUCUGCGCAGAAAGUUACAGAACCUGAAGCUAUGCCACACCCGGCUAGAGACCAGGACCUACCGGCCCAACGUGGAACUCUGCAGGGACCAGGCACAGUACGGCCUCACUGAGGAGGUUCACCAGUUAGAGGCAACCACUGCUGCCCUGAAGCAGAAGCUGGCGCAGGCACGGCUGACAUCGCUUGCAAGGCCAACUCCAUGCUCUUGGACACCAAGUGCAUGGACACCCGGCGGAAGCUGACCAUGCCGGCUGAGAAGUUUGUGCCGGAGGUGGACACCUUCACCCGCACCACAAACCGCACCCUGAGUCCACUCAAAACCGGCCAGCUGGAGCUAACCUAGCGAGGGGCUGAGGGAGGAGGGGA